GAUCACAACAAGCUGUGCAAAAUCGCCGACUUCGGCAUGUCGAGGUUCGCCAACGAGGAUGGCGAGGUGAUCGAGACUAGACACGGCAGAAAUGCCUUACCCAUCCGAUGGAUGGCCCCCGAAUCUUUGAUCUACUCCCUAUUCACGACGAAGACCGACGUCUGGAGCUUCGGGAUUCUGAUGUGGGAGAUCGUUACUUUAGGUUCAACACCGUACCCGGAUAUGACGGCGCGGGAAGUCAUGCGGAACGUGCACAACGGUUAUCGGCUGGAGAGGCCUUCGCACUGUCGAACCGAGCUCUUCAGGGUGAUAUCCCGAUGCUGGCACGCCGAUCCCGACCGCAGGCCGGAGUUUCAGAUCCUACGUAGGGAUCUCGCUCAGCUGCUGGAGGACAACAUGAACGGGCACUACGUGGACCUCGAGAGCUUUGCCUCCGAGUGCACCGAUUGAGAGAGGUCGACGGAGGAAACCUCAGGCUCAUCCUUGAUCGCACCGGGAAAUUGAUCCCGUGGAAAAAUUCGCGCUCAGCACACGCGUUGGUGCUACGUGAGCAGGGAGAUUUUUUGACAUACCAUUGAUCUUCGAAGCGACUUUCCUUCGCGAGUACAGAACGUAAUUGAGAUUAUCCCAAAAGAUCGAAUUCUGCGAGGUCUGGAACGUCUUACGUUCUUACUGUUUUUGACCUCCAAAAUUCGUAGGAAUUUUGUACGAAGUGUAUUCUAUAUUUUGUAAAAUACGCUUGAAAAUAGAGUCGAUAACUGGGGGCUACUUGAGAUAAUGGAGAAAUAUCAAAAAAUGUUUCGUUGUAGGAAAUUCGUCGAUCCCGCACGUAAAAAUCGCAAUCCGUCCACAUUUGCAUGGGUUUUAUUAUCGCUGUGCAAUAGCAGAAUGUAAUGACAAGAUACGAUGUUAAUUUAUUAUUACGUGAAUACGAAAUAUACUCGGCAACAACAUCGCAUACAUUCGUAAUAAUUACGAAUGGAUUUUUAUCAUUGGAUGCUUCUACGAUUCGUUGAAGUACAUGUAUAAUUAAUUAUGCAAUUUCCAUCUUGUUGAAGAACGCAGAACGUAGAACAGAGGAACGCUGUAACGCACGAUGCUGUGAUAAAUGACGAAAAAUAAAAAAAAUUACAUAAGCGCGAUAUUGAAGCGCAAUGAGAGAGUUUAUAAAGUCCGCAAAAUAUAAGUAUUCCAUCUAGAAUAGAGUAUUAUUGGGUAAGUAGAAUUUUUACAAUAAAUUAUACACGACAUUGGUUAAUCCUUCAACAUUUCGUCUUAAUAAUUUUAUUUAUAAACGAGAAUGUAUACAUUGGGCAAUGAUUGUGCACAAUUGAUAAUUUACGCAUUUUAAAGACUUGCUUGUUGCAUGUAAUGUAUUUUACAUAAAUCAUUUUUUUUAUAUUAGAAAGGCAUUUAGAUAUCAAUUUAUCGAAACAAUAGCGGACAUUAUUUUUAAAGAAUUCUGCUUUAAGUUUUUGAUAUUCAUUUAUUACUUCGAGGGAAAGAGAAGGCAAUUUACAGAAAGACUUAGUUCUCCACGUUAAACUUGGAAAACACAACGAGACUCAGCUCUGCGUCGCGACAUUUGUACAUAUUAUGUCUCUUACGUAAUAUAUAUACAUAUAUAUAUACAUAUAUAGAUAUAACAAUGAAUAUUAUAUUUGCCAGAAAUCAAAAAGAGACGCCCCACUCUUCGAACCGCAUUACUCGUAAUACUGUAACAAUAAUUCUCGUUAUUAAUUGUCGUUAGGUAUGUGCAUCCCGUGUUUUUAAUCGCGCCCGACGCGUUUAUUCUUAAUCAUUCUAGUCUUUUGCGACGCGUUUUGGGGCGACGAUCGGUAUCGAUUAUAUCGCACGCUAUUUUUCUUUUCAUUCUCCGCUUUCAUAAGCGUUACGAAUUCGCCCGAAAUUGCGAUAUCAGCGACAUAAUAUAAUAUAUCGCGGUCGUUUUAAAGAACAUAUAUUAAUUGAAGCUCCGCUGUCAGUUGAUUAUAGCAUUUUUUUAUCUUGCUAUCUUUUCCUGCGACAUUGUUUCCGCUCUUUAAUACGGCUCGUCUCCGUUUGUCAUUAUUAUUCGAGACAUCGUUCUCGGAUAUAUCGCAUUUUGCGCGUUACUAUUGCGAAAAAAAUAGUUGCGACCAAUACUGUAUGUAGGCUCGAUUGUAUUAAGAACUUUUGUCAGUAAACGUUGUGAGAAAAUU